AAACUGAAACGAUCGCUGUCUUCCAAGACCAAAAGUUUGCGGAGUAAAAGUGCAGACAACUUUUUCCAGCGGACAAACAGCGACAUGAAGUUGCAAGUCGACUUGUUGUCAGAGAUCAGCCCCAGAGCCGGCCACCUCCCAACCGCAGAAAGUCAGUCAUCGACUCCGACCAAGAUCCAUAACCAACCGGAGGGCAACAAGAUUCAUGUUUUCCAGGAACACAUUUUCAAAAAACCCACUUUCUGUGACAUCUGCAACCAUAUGAUUGUCGGGAUGAAUGCCAAACAUGGACUGCGCUGCAAGGCCUGUAAGCUGAGCAUUCACCACAAAUGCGCAGAGAGCAUCGGACAGCAACGCUGUAUGGGCAAACUGCCAAAGGGUUUUCGGCGUUACUACAGCUCUCCGCUACUCAUCCACGAGCAAUUUGGCUGCAUCAAAGAGGUCAUGCCUAUCGCUUGUGGCAAUAAAGUCGACCCUGUCUAUGAAGCACUUCGCUUUGGAACUUCCUUGGCCCAGAAAACCAAGAAAGGCAGUUCUGGGAGUAGCUCUGAUUCACCAAAGAGGAAUUCUACGUCAGACUUGGCAGAGGUUCCCGAGGAAGGGGAUAGUCCGGGAAGCAUGUGUGAUGUCAUCAGGAAACGCAGCAACAGUGUAUUUACCUACUCGUUAAACGGUACAGCAGAUUUCGGAGAUGAACCGAAGAACAUAAACUCCCUCAUACAGGGAUCUCUUAAUAAAGACACAAUGCAGAUGAAUGCCUAUGUUGCCUUGUACAAAUUUGUACCACAAGAAAAUGAAGAUCUGGAAAUGAGGCCAGGAGACAGGAUCACAAUUCUGGAGGACUCGAAUGAAGACUGGUGGAAGGGCAAAAUAGAAGACCGAAUUGGCUUUUUCCCUGCUAAUUUUGUACAAAGAGUACAUCAAGAUGAAAAGGUCUACAGGUGUAUCCGAACAUUUAUUGGAUGCAAAGAGCAGGGACAGAUGACUUUGAAAGAGAACCAAAUCUGUGUGACUUCAGAGCAGGACCGUGACGGCUUUAUCAAAGUGUGCAGCGGGAAGAAAAAAGGCUUCGUCCCCCUCGACGUCUUAGAAAACAUCUGAUGGUUGCCGACUCGACCGCUGCAGUUGUGACGCUUUGCCGGC